CCACGCCCACGCACCGCACGGAGCGCCACCGCGGACCGCCUGCAGCCGCGCGACGCGCCCUCACUGGAAGUUGCUGGCGUUCUUUCUCAAGGUGCUAAAGGCUCAAGAUGCAGAUGGACAGCGGCCCGCCGCCCUACUCGAGUGGCCACGGGCAGGGCCACCACGGCCAGGGCGGGCGCCGCUUCUCCGCGUCGCGGCUCGGCCUGGGGAUGGGGAUGGGCUACAGCUCCAGCAUGAGCGCCAGCGAGGAGACGCUGCUGCUGCCGGGCAAGCAGCGCUCGCUCAGCACGGCCAACAUGCCGCCGCACCACUACUACCAGAGCCUCCCCGAGGUGACGGUGCUGCUGGCCGAGACCGAGGCCGAGCCCCUCGACGAGCGCGCGGAGCACGCGGCCCACAGGCCGUGGAAGGACAUGGGCAGCUCCCUUGGCGGUCGAGGGGGCGGCGCCCGGGGCCGAGGCCGCACCGAGUCCUUGACGGCGCGUCUGGGCCUGGAGAAGACUAACUGGUGGGGCAUCUUCCUGGCGCUGGUGUCCGGCAUGUUCUUCACCAUGUCCUCGGCGGCCGUCAAGGCGCUGCGCUCCGUGGACCCCAUGGAGCUGCUGGUGAUCCGGUCGCUGGUGCAGGUGGUGGUGGUGCUGCCGGUGGCGCUGUACAGUGGCGUGGGCGUGCUGGGGCCCAAGGGCCACCGCGGCUUGCUGCAACUGCAGGGCGUCGUCGGCGCGCUCACGCUCGUGCUGCUCUUCUUUUCGUUCCGGCGGCUGCCGCUGGGCGACGCCACCACCAUUAUCUUCAGCUCGCCCGUCUUCGUGCUCAUCCUGUCCUUCCUGUUUCUCCGCGAACCGUGCGGCUUCUUCCGCACCCUCGUCGUCUGCAUGCUGCUCACCGGCGUCGUGCUCAUCUCCAAGCCGCCCUUCCUCUUCCAGGCCCCGACGCUCGGUCUGUUACACAACGCCGCGGCAGGACUCCGCACGGCGGUCGCGGCCACGACGGUGGCCACAGCGACCGCCGGGCACUCCUACGACGUGGUGGGCUACGCGUGCGCGCUGCUCGCCACGCUCUUCACCGCCGCCAAUAUCGUCAUCAUGCGCAAGUGCAAGGACGUGCACUUCUCGGUUGUGGUGCUGCAGCUGUCGCUGUGGUCGCUGCUGACGUCGGGCAGCCUGCUGGCCUACCUCGGCCCUCGCCAGGGCGACAUACGCCUGCCGCACGGCCUGUGGCAGUGGGCGCUCGUCGGCAUGGUGGCCGCCUUCGGCCUGUCCGGCCAGCUGCUCGUGGCGCACGCCCUCAGCCUGGAGGGCGCCGGCAAGGUGGCGGUGACGCGGUCGCUGGACAUCGUGCUGGCGUUCGCCAUCCAGGUGCUGGGCUUCGGCGAGGUGCCGGACUGGAUGAGCGUGACGGGCGCGCUGCUGGUGCUGGUGUGUGUCCUGGGCAUGGGCAUGGAGAGCCAGCUGCACCGAGCGGCGGCGCGCGUGCCUUAGAAUGCUCAUCACUUGGAGGACAAGAGGGCUCCGGUCAGGACUCGCCGACAAGGAUAAGGAGGAGAACAGUCUCUAGUCGCGUCCUCGGUAACGCCGUCGAGACGAGGAGACUGGACUGGGCACCGGGAUUAGCUAUCGGGAAGUCCUGAUCCUGAUUAGCGCUGAUCCUGUGACCGAGACAGGCCAGGAACCUGCCCUACUUCUUUUGCGAUGAUUGGCCGCCGCCCGCCUCGUUCUGCCAGUCUGCCACUGAUGGGUUGCCAUCCCUACAGCGCGGUUGCAUUCUUGCAGGAACAAGGCAGAGGUUUCAGGGAGAACGGCAAGUCAAAAUGAAGUUUGAAUGAAGUCAAACUGAUGCCAAAGGAUGUCACUAGGACGUCAAAUUGGCAUCCUUAGACCUCAUAUGGCCUCACUUUGGUUUGGGUCCUCUCUGGGGUGCGGCCAUGUGCAGGGAGUGGUGAAUAGUUUUUGAUAAGAUGGCACUCUCUGCCCAAAGGACGUAACAAAUACAACUUUUGACUUCUGCGCAUGAAAGAAAGGGGUAAAGAAGUAAAACUAGCUCCAUGAGUUUAUAAAUUUUACUUCAACAACUGUCUUGCUUACCAGCAUUAUCCAGAUAAAUAUAUAUGUAUGCAUAUAGAACAAAGGUAUAUUCAUACAUAUAUAAAUACAGCAUUUGUUAUAAAUUGGAAACACUAUUUUCUAAAGUAUAUUGGUAAGUGGAAGUAUUACAACAUGGGUCAGCAGAGGAACUGUACCCUAUGUGAUACACAAAAAACACAACUAAUAAAUUGGCACAUCAUCUGUAUAUUUCACAUAUUUAAAAAAAAGAGAAAAUAUAAUUACGUUUCACAGCCAUCCAUCGUUCCAUUACUUUGUUUCCAAAUGUACCAAUCAUUUGUUAUAACACAAUAUAAUGCAUAAAAUAAUUAAUUACCACAAUUGUUUCAUUAUAAAUAACAGUCUUCCAUAAAAACAACAAUAACAAAAAAACUCUUAAACACCACAGCACCUGCGCAAGUAUGAACGCAUAAGGUGGGUGGAAACCAUUUUCCUGAGGCAAUUACGAAUCUUAAGGAAACAAUCAGUAUGGUGGGCAAGCGAUUGUUGCUGUAGUUGAUCAACUCUCUUCAUUAAUUAAAUUUGAACUUAUCCACCCUUAAUGAACUUUAAUCAAUGUCAA